AUGGAAACAAUCUUGGAAAAUUUGUCUAUGGACGCGACUGCUGGCAAGCUCAAAGCUAUUACCGACGCUUGUGAUGAAGGCUUAGGUAAGAAUCUGAUCUAGUUCAAGGUCUGAGGUUUUAUAGUUGAGAGUUUACUAAUUUUCUGUUUUGUUGAUCAUUCCAGUGGCUUUAUCUCGCGAGCGGAGUGCCAGAGGAGUGGAGCCGUACGAACUGAGGUUAGAAUUAGUCGUGGUUAAUGAAGUGUACCAAGUCAUUAAAUGGCUCACUGAUUCGAUGCAAAUUUUAGUCAAUCUUUAAUUUGUAAUUUGUAACAUUUCUGAUCAAGUUCUAAUACGGAGGUUUGAUUGAAGUGGAUUUAAUUUGGUUGCGAAUGUCGUAGUCAUAAUCUUCGAUAUGAAGUUGCCGAGAUAUAUCUUAAUGUCUUUUGUCUGCUGUAUGCAAAUUAGUUCUACCUGAUCACGGGAUAUAUCAACAUUGUAUUCUAUCGCUCCUUUGACUUACGAUCGCAUAUAUUACAUCUGCAAAACAGUCAUAGUUUCAAAUUAUAAUCCUGAACUACUUGUGCAUGCCAGUGUAGAUAGUAGGACCUGAAAAGUACAAGGAGAACUUCGAUGUUUCGAGCGAAGGCCCUUGGGCUUGGUUGGGAAGUAGUAAUCAAACGACGAAGAACUUUCGCUCGAAACGUACUCCUUGUAUUUUUCAGGUAGUUAGUGCAUCUAUCAACCGAAGUCUAGUUGAAAUUGACUGAUAUGAAUCUUUGUUGAUCAAUCUCGAAGUUUUAAUAUAUUUGUUGUUCUAUAGAGAAAAAUGCUUAUUGCCUUUGAAACUUGCUUUGGAGUCUCGAGUGUCGAAGCUUUCGAGCCAUGCGUUGGGAGGAUUCCAUGUAAGUAUAUAAGUCUCAGCUUUCUAAUACGAACUCUGAAGGCACAGCAAAGCAUGUGGUGGCGCAGUCAUCAGAGUAAGUGCAUUUCACCUCUAAGUUCGUGGGUUUGAUUCUCGCUAUGGACUCAUGUGAGAAGAGUCAGUCAACGCUCUCCUGAAAGUCGUGGGUUUUCUCCGGGCGCUCCGGUUUCCUCCCACAGGGAAAGUUGACAGGGUGGGUUAUAGGAUAAACAUAGUUAAGAAAGUAAUAUCACAAUUGUUGUGAAGAUAACAUAGUUUAGGCUAAAUAUGUAAUUAGGUAAGCGUAAUAUCUGGAUGUAAAGUGCAAUUAGCCAUUCCGAAGUUGAUCAGUGGACUGGGGACGAGUGUUAAAAAGUGCCCAAAUUAAGAAAUGAACCAAAUCACUAAAAAGACCAUCUCAAAAUUAUUAAGUAUACAAAGUUUGAAGACGUUUACAUGAAUACCCUUCGAAUAAUAAGCUUUCGAAAAUUGUGAAAUUACUGAUUAAAAGAUUGUUUUUGGGACGCGCGUCCCAAAAACAAGAAAUUACAAUACAUUUCAUAGUAAAAAUCACGAUUUUCGAAAGCUUAUUAUUCGAAGGAUAUUCGUGUAAACGUCUUCAAACUUUGUGUACUUACUAAUUUUGGGGUGGUCUUUUUAGUGAUAUGGUUCAUUUCUUAAUUUGGGCACUUUAACACUCGUCCCCAGUCCACUGAUCAACUUCGGAAUGGCUAAUUGAUAAUAUCCACAUGGAAACUUGCGCUGUUGGAAAUGUUAAUCCGGUAAUCGCAAACUUGCCGUGACCAAAUCACAAAUGUUCAUGUUUAUUUUACAGAAGCUGAUUUCAGACGAACGUUUCCAGUCUCUGGUGGAAGGAGAUGUGCAUCGUCAACUUCCAGUACAGUUUGUCAACGCUGUCGUUUCUACGCCGUCUAUGUCUGAUGAAAUACAGGUGGAAAUCAUGAAGGUUUGUGGAUAGGAAGGGAUAAUAUUUCCAUAUUUAUAUCCAUAUUAUUUAUCCAGUUAAUUAGAAUUAUUGUAAUCAACUUUUCUUCAGAUGUUACUUAUGAUCACGUGUUCAGCCUCGUGUGAAGUUCAUGGUGAAUACCUGAUUAAAAUUGCUGAGGUGAGAAGUACCACAGAGUGGUUAGCCAACCCAGCAUGUGUUUGCACCUUUAUAACCAGGUUACAUUUCUGCAAUGUGACAGGUUAGGUUAGGUUAGGUUAGGUUAGGUUAGGUUACAUUACAUUACAUUACAUUACAUUACAUUACAUUACAUUACAUUACAUUACAUUACAUUACAUUACAUCUGAUGCUUGUUCAGCUGGAGCUAUCCAGUCCUUAGUUCUUAUUAAUAUUUCCAAUCCAUGUUUUUUAGGUGUGUAUUGAAACGUAUACUCGCUCAAGUCAGACAUGGACAAAAACAGCAUGUCGAGCAACAUUGACACAGAUGAUGAGUUCUGUUUGUAAUGAUUUGGAGGAAAGCUUGAAAAAAGAAAUGGUAAAAAAGAUUUUUGUAACUAUUUUAAUUUGGUAAUGAUGUUGGUUCAUUUUAAAGGUAGUUCAUUUUGUCCCGGACCCCCAACUGAAAAGGGGCCCCCAAAGCAACGAAGCCCUUUUCUGUGGUACAAGAUAGCCUAACCGAGAAUAUAAACUAUAGCUGUGCUUAUAAACUAUAGCUGUGCUUAAAAACUAUAGCUGUGCUUAUAAUAUUGUUGGUAAUGUUGUGUUUGUCUUUUAGCUAUCUCAUCACUCGAAAGAUAUGCCACACUCCGUACGAGGUAAGAUCUUCACAGAAUGGUAUGAUGAUCAAUUUUGAUUUAUUAUUUAUUGAUUUAUUUAUUGUUAUAUUGACCAUUGGAUUCUGUAACAAUUUUCCGACAGGUUUGGAUCUCAUCUCAAAUGAGUCAAGCAAGAUUUUAACUCAAGAUGUCUUAAUGUUGAUGAAACACUUUUGCUUGCGAUUAUCACCUAGUCAAAGGUAAAGGCCUGGUCGAAAUUUGAGAAGCGAGAGUUUGCAUGAAAGUUGACUGGAUAUUACCGGUGAAACGGGCAAAACUCACCUUCCCGCAUGCCGCGUAUGGGGGCACUCAUCAACAAAUAUAAAAUUUAUUUUUUUUGUUUGUUUGUUUCAGUGGCAGCACACUGCAGAACGACGUAUUGUCAUUGUACCUUGAGGCUGUUUACGUAUUAGUAUCCAGUUUAUCGGUCGCCAUUAGACAACAGAAAGACUUCAUCAACGUUUUAUGGUAAGAUUAAGCAUAAUACACUUAUACCACUAUGACUUCAGUGACUUGCACCAUCAUUUGGAACAGUUUUUGUGCAAUUUCAAUGAACUAUUGCGUUCUGUAUUCUAUGCAGGGAUAUAGUUAAAACCCUUGUCCUUGAUGAGGGGGAUGGGGGUCGUCUUUUAAUAGUCAUUGUCCACAGCAUUUCUCAAUACACAAUAUUUUUUUAUCAGACAAAAUUUUUUUCUGCGAUUGUUCAUUUUUAUUCGUAAUAACAAACGAUGGUAUUCAGUUUUGGCUUUGUUAGGCCUCCAUGGGGGUAGUAAUCUAAGUUGUUGAUCUUGAAUAGCUUCAUAAACGUCAUUUUUUCCAGGCAAUACUUGUGUCCAACUUUGAUCCAUCUCCUUGGUAGUCCAGUUAGCGAAGUGGGCGCGAAGACCAAAAACCAGGGCGCCUACCCCGAAGACGGAGGGCGUGGAGGCCGGGGUGCCGGCUCUCCACUCAAGUCAAAACCACUACAGUCUGUUGCUCGUAUUAUUUACAAUAUUUCGAAAGAAUUAAUACGAUUGGUUGGACCAAUGGGCACAAUGCGUCCUGUACUGGAGUCCUUGUUUCAUCGUAUCAUUCUCUAUCCUCCCCCACAGCAGAGAGCCGAGGCUUUGAAAGCAAUUAAUGAUGUAAGUUCUCUGCAUUUCCCAGUGAAAUCCGUAGAUAUCAUUAAAUAUAUUUCCAGUGAUUUCCCAGUGAUAUCCGUAGAUAUAAUUCGUAUCUGCAUCUAUCCAAUUAUUUUCAUUUUUCGUAGAUUUUUGCCAGUCCAAGUCACGUGGUCGAUAUAGCUGGCCCUGUUAUUCUAGAUCCCAGUACUCCCCCAACUCCAGAUUCGCCUACAGAGCAAAAGAAAUCUGAAGUCGACCUUCUUAAAGUGUAAGUCCAUGAUUUCGUAUUUGUACUCCCCUAAUUGGUUGAAAACCAGUCUUCUUCGUUGAAUGAACAAUACUCCAAUAAAUAUUUCCAAUAUCUAACGUUUUUUAAUAUAACAUUUUAAUCAAUUUGGGAUUGUCAUAAUUUUGAAACAUAAUUAUUAUUUUUUUAUUUGUAAAAGCCUCUUGACAAGAGUUGUCGAUAAAAUAGGUAAUAUAUAGGUUGGGAUACGGCUCGUGUCAACUUAGUAUUUUGACAACACGAUAUUCGGUUGUACACCUACAAUUAUAAGUACAGCAGUUGCGAAGCCAGUCAUAGUAUCCGGUCAUGCUAUGCAAAUGUUUAAUGAUUUGCAUUAUUGAAAUUUAUUUGAUUUAGCACCACAUUACACAAAGAUCACAACACAACAAAUCAAUUUUAUCAUGUUGAUGACAAGGAAGCCCAAACCUUUAGAAUGUGUUGUCUUUAACCUAUCUGGAUGUAUGUUUAUUUACAUAGCAUGACCAGUUGCUAUGAACAGCAUUGCUACUGAAGUACAGUGUACUUGCAAAUCACUUUAAAGUACCACUCGUACAGGGUGUACUACAUUGAAUAUUUUUUCUAGUCUACUCGAUGGUAUCGUGGAAUGUUCCCAUUGUCCAGAUUUGAGUGUUGUUGGAGGCAGCAUGGCUUGUGUCGUUGCUCUGCUUGGCUCUCUGGAGGAACUCAGCCAGGGGGAAGGACUGUCUCAAGAACAAGUUGAACUUUUAAAGAAAGUUGAAGAUGUCGAUGGCUGGGAAAAAGUGGAACAGAAAAAUUCGAACAAAACCACUGAAGAUUCACCUCAGACAAUUCCAAAAUUCACCUUGGCCAAUGAGGCGUUUGAUGAGGAUGAGAAGAUCGAAGUGCAUCAUGGUAAACCUAAACAUAUCCGCUGGGAAAUGGAUGAAGGACCGCAGGCACUUACAGCACAAAAACAGGUUAGUUAGUCUGUUGGUUAGUCUGCCGGUUGGUUGGUUGGUUGAUCAUCCAGGGAGUCUAACUAGUUAUAUUUUGUAUUCAGAUCCAUCUCAGUUUGGAUCAAAUGGACUUAGAGACUGUCACUCAGAAGUUUGCCAACACAGACAGACUGUGGGAUAUCAGUAGAACCAAUCCUGACGGCCGAGAGCAAGAUGGUGAGUGUAUCUAAAGGUUACGCCUAUCAACCUUAUGAUAGAAAUGCAAAACAUAGAAGUUCAAUCAAUAGAACCCCUGGGGCCGGUUGUUCAAAAGUCGGUUAGCUUAUUUCUGGGUUAACCCAAAAUUGAAAGCAUAGUUCCCAGCAGCUUGUUUAUAAACUUGGAAAAAAAUUUCAGAAAUUGUGUCUGGAUCAUCAUAAGAUGUACGUAAAGACUAUCAUAAGACUGAUAGAUAUACAUAAACCAAAGCAAUGUGUUGAACAACCCGUCCCUGUAGUGUUUAGUGGAGUCGAACUGGAAGCGUUCUUCUCGCAUGCGCGGGGGAGAGUGGGGGGAGGAAGGGUGUGAUAUGAUCAGCUACAAACUCCAGAGGCAUGUACCACAUGCAUGCAUAUAGAUUUUCUAUUCAUUCAUUGUUUUUCAUUGCAGCCACAGAAGAAGGCAACGUUUCGAACCAUUCAAAAAGCGUGCAUUUCGCUACCGACCUCGAGGAAGAAUUUACGAUUGAAAAUCGGGAAGAUCAAAGGCUCGGUCGCCAUGGCAACAGUCAACGUCAUGGGAUUCCUCGUCGUGUAGGUUUGCCUCGUCGAAUUGCUUCGUCACCUGCUCGAUCGGGCGUCGUGAGAAGAUCGGCAUCUUUCGAUGGCAAGUCCAAGGCGAAACCAGUUAUCAAGUGAGUGCAUUAAAAAUGUAACUUGUAAUUGUAACAGUAUUGAGGGUGGUCAAAUUGCCGCCAUCAAAGUGAGAAUAUAUUGUUAACUUAGAUAUGUAUUAGUUUUCUAUUUGGUGGCAAAUAAAUGAAAAAUAUUGGUCGAUCGUCUGUUGUGGACUUAUAAUUGUCCGCAGUUCUGAAGUUGUUCAUACUCAUUUUCCCCAAAACUCUCACGUGACCUUGCCUCUUCAAUCGUGAUUUUCAUGAAUUCGUUAUUCUUUCUUAGUGACAGACGACGUGUGAAUGGUGACCAUGUGCCAUCAAAAGUUCUGAGAAAUGACAAACAACGCUUACAUCGCUCAAACUCUGAUGUUGGAAACUCUCCUACCGACGACUACGAGGAUGAACUCCUAGAAAAACGACCAGCUGUAUCCCGAUCGAUUCUCAGAAAAACAAAGUCAGUCUCGGAAAUUCCUGGAGACACUGAAGGCAAUGAUAAAGCCAUUAAACCGAAAGGAAUUCUUUUGAAUUCUCAUUUGAACGACUUUACUAACAAGAAACUUGGUUUAGUCAAAAUUAACGGCAUCCUUAUUAGUCGCACUCGCGAUACUAGAACCCAGGUCUCUCCUGAGAAGGUCGUGUCAGGCCCUGGCAAGGUUAUCGAAAAACGGAAGUCAGUCGAAGAAAACGAGAAGGAAGGAGCACGAAACUUCGCGCGGUGUCUUCUGGGUAUUCUACCAUCCGUUCUGAGCCUGCAUGAUCCAGCGGCAGUAGACGAAGCACUCCAGCAGUUUGCGUCUGAUGUCUGUGAGGCGGUCACGUGUAUGGCACUCAAACGUAAGAACGUCCCAAACUUCGGAACCCUUCGUGGUUCAUCGGAUCUUCUCGACGAUACCUCUGGUAAAGGCGCUACGUCAUACUUACAUUAUCCAAUCCUAAACGCUGACGGAGUCUACACGGCAGUCUAUGCUACACUCAAGUUAAACUUGAAGCUACAUCGAGCUGGCUACUACAGCAAGAAACAAGAAGAAGAGCUCGUCAUACUGGUAUGAGAAUGUCAAACUUUAUUUAGGGUACAUCGACAAAUAGAUUUUGUCCACCGAUCGCGGACUUGUUCCGUGAUCGCUUCAACCCCCUCCCUUUCCCCAUCGCGGACCAAUCCAGCGAUUUUUUAGCCAGAAAAGUUAGUUUUUGUCCUGAUUAUUUUGUACUCGUGGAUUCAAGGCUGACCCCCUCCUCCAUCGCGGAACAAGUCCGCGAUCGGUGGACGAAAUCUAUUUGUCUCGGCCCCUUACUAUCGAGGAAAAUCUCGCGCAUAAGAAUUAACCCAGCAGAUUACGAACGUACCGCCUGAAACUUGCCAUUUAGACAUCCAGUUUUAUCAAAACCAAUUCAGCCUGACAUUUGAAAAAUAUACCAUAAUUUACUAUUUUUUCCCUUUUUCGUUAAACAGGAAGAGUUCAUUAAUAAUACUCAUGAUUGUGGUGUAGAUGUUGGUCUUUCCUCAGUUUGGUUGGGGGAAUUAUAUCGCUUGGUGACGACGUAUGAUAUCUUGGAGAAAGCUGGUUAUAAAGCUGAUGACGUCAGCUCUAACCGUGCUCUCAUCGAGCUGCUUUCGGAUAACAAUCGUACUCCGAGGAACAGCGAAGAUACGACGAUGGACAAGGCAAUGUUCAUUCACGUUCAAGACGAAGCUUCCAUGACGACCACGCAGAAGCAAGGCGUGAAGUUUGUCCGACGUAUUUUGCUGCUCACAUGGGAUUCUCUCCUCGAUGUUCUCCGUGUGCCCAUAGAGUCACCUUUAGUGGGUGCAGGUACGAACUGAUAAAAUUAUCCAGUGUCAAUGUCGUUAGCUGAAACUGUAUUUUAAUUAUCAUCUUAACAUAUCAUUUUGCUCUUAUCUUAGUACAAGAGAGUAUUGGUAUAGCCUUGAUGAUGGCGUCUGAAGGCAAGAAACAUCACAACAAGGAGCGAGAUACAGUUUGCUUGAGUCUGGAUGGAUUACGAAGAAUAGCUCGAUUGUUUUGUACUUUAGGUAAGUUUCUCUAUGGUCCAAAUAUAUGCGAUUAUCACGUGUAGUGAGUCUAGUGACGCUGAACGAAUUAGGUGUGGUCAUUACUAGCUCUCUGGGGAGAACAGUGUAGCACUGAUGGACCCAUCUAGUAAAAAUAAAAGUAGUUUAUCUUUUCGUGUUCGUCAAGAAGUAAAGAGAAAUGAGUUCAAUCUACUUCCACUCACUCGGCGUAUAGGUAUCCAAACUGGCUGUGAGACAGUUUUAUCACAACUUGCCAAUGCCUCAUGUGGUGGGGAGAAAGCUCCAAAGAAUAUCCCCAAAUGGAAAGCUGGUCACGUGAAAAACAAGAUGAAACUUCAUGCUGCACACGUGCUUACCAUGGACGCACUAUUGGCUGUUGGCCUGGAACUAGGAAGUCACGCUCCGAAAUGCUGGAAACAUGUUUUCAGGUAUCUUCUAUUUUUCUUUUACCAUUCGUCUAGUUCAGGACUCAUGUUCAUACCAUAUCAGCUUCGCUUCCCUCAUCUCCUCUGCAAUUGCUGUAUUCGAGUUAUAAUGGAGAUGAUCAACUAAUUAUGCUUCUCAUUUUCGUAGGUGCUGUUCGUACAUUGCUGGACUGCAGAAUACGCAGUUUCUAUCAGACGUCUCAGACUCUCAUCCAUCCAGUAAAGUUGUCGAAGUGCCUUCGCCAGUUUCCGAAGCAUCUUCGCUUUCCGACUUCGUCAGCGCAGAUAUAUCGUCGGACGGAAGUGCUUCCGAUAUUGUCCGACAGCAUCACGACAGUACGCCGGAUACAACUCAAGUCUUAAACCCGACAGACGCAUCUCGAGCUAUAUACGCCCUGUCGACCUCUGUUGAUCGCUUGUUUGAGCAUGCAGCAAAUACCUUGAGUUCCGAUGCAAUGGUAUCCAUGCUUGAGUCCUUAGCCGAAGCAUCCGCUGACCAGUUGGAGAAAAGUUCCACGGGCGUGCUGACGUAUGAUCCUCAGGCUGUAAUCCAUGGCAACGGUCCGCUGUCGUCAAAUCUUCAUUUUUGCCGAAUGGUCGAUAUGUUGUUGAGAUGUACUAGAGAUGGAAAGAGACCUCUUCUUCAUCUGAUGAGGGCCUGGGCAACAGUCUCUGCGCAUUUUGUCCAGGUAUGAUAUGUGGAAGAUGAUCCUUAUUUUAAUGAAUAAAUUUUGGUCUCAUAAAUACCUUAACCUACUCUAAACUCCUUGAAAAUUGUCGAAAACCAUUUCUGUCAUCAAAACAAUCACUUUCGACUAAUAAAAACAUACAAUAAAUACGUUACAAGUAAACUAUUAGUGUUCAUAUAACAAAUAUUCUUUUUUCCUUAUGCUAGAUAAUGUGUGAAAAGAAGAAGAUAUUUAAGUUUGCCUUGGAUUUUAUCAAGGACACGUUGGUCGUAUUACUGAACAACCGCAACGAGCUGCCUCAUUUCUGGUUCCAUGAAACACUAUUCAAACCUUUUGAGAAUAUUUUGAUGUCUGGGAAACUUAAUGAUGUAGAUCAAGACCAGGCAAGUAUUGAACUGUUAUAUCACUGCGUCAUUUUGACCCAAGUACUUGAUCAAGCAAUGUAUCUUUAACAUUUCCAAUUAUCAAUGUGGAUGGUUAGUUCCCUUCAAGCGAAACCAAAUGUUCCAACUUUCCCUUCAGCAGAAACCAAAACGAACUGCGAAAUUUGAAAUCUUGAGGUUUGGUCAUCGUAUUUUUUGUUGAUCCAAAAUUUAUCAUGUAUUACAACUGGAUCAAAAAUUCAUUCAGUCUUUAGAUCAAAACUAAAACCAACUGCAUCAAAAGUAUAUUUGAUCUUCUUUAUUCCAAUCCAACCAUCACCAUUGAACCUAUUUUAACUUAAACAAAUUGUCAAUUAUUAAUAGCUAUAACACUUCAUUUAUUUGCAUCAAACAUUAUUCGGCUUUUCCCAAAUUGAUGGUUGAAAUUUAUGUUUGUAGGUCUUGCAUAUUCUGUGCGAAUUGGCGCAGUCCAAUACUGGCAACAUCAAGUCAGGAUGGAGAGCAAUAUGCUCAGCUGCACGUGCAAUUCACGUGUCAUCCCGUCCAGCUUUAGUCGCCACCGAACACGAAACACCAAUUCCCCAAAUCCUAGAUAUUGUUACAUUAUUCGUUGAAAACAAAACCGCGUUAGUGUUCUCGCAAGCUGCCGUCAACUGCAUCCUGUGUUUGUCCAAGUGCCUCCAUGUUCAGACUGCAGCCGAGGAAGGAUGUGACGAACGAAGCCUGCACGGGAGUGAGACGGAGAGCAAUUUCAGUGAAGGACCAUAUAGUGAUAUGUGUGUCCCUGCUUUAGAACUUCUUGCUAAAGUUUCUAAGAAAUUGGCCUCGAUUUAUGUCAAACCAGCAAAUGUCAUCUUUCAUGGAUCACAUGCGGUAAUGUUAGAUAAUUCAUCAUCACCCUUAUCAUCCCCAUCGAGUCCUAUAAUGUCCGUAGCGGAUACCAUAAAGGAUUCUUCAACCCUCGCUCCAAACUACGCCCGAAGCAUCACAGCUAUGGAUGACAGCGGUAUUCUCCGUGUAUGGUACCUCAUCUUAGACGUGUUGACUACAACUGUGAUCACGUGUCCACGGAAGUAUCAGCUCCAGGCCCUUGACACGCUUUUCGAUGUUCUUCAUUCUGUCUCCUCCGUCCCAGGUCCUCAAUUUUCCAUCCUCGUGCUGACUAAUUUGCUUCUACCUAUGUUACACACUUGGCUGGAGAAAGUGACUCAAACGCCCGAAUACUGGGAUAGAACUGCAGGGAACUUCAAACAGGCAUGCGGGUUGACAACCGAGUUGAUUGUUGGUGAAAUGGGACAAUUUUUGAGUGAUCAAGGUAGUUUUUCAUAUUGUUAUUGUUUCAUUGGGGAUUUAUUUGAAUGUUAGUUGGUGGUUGUGUCCUGGUUUGCCCAGGAACGUGACUAGGAAACAAUGUGUGCCAGUUUGCCCAGGGUUUUAACCGACUUGCAUAACUCACGUUUGAUUGUUGCAGGAGCCUCGGAGUGUGUGUUGACGUUGAUGCAACAAGUUCUGAGUUUAUUAAAGUUGGCUGUGUCUCAGCCUGACGAGGUUAUUGCAAGAGUUGGUUGUUCAUGUUUCAGGUAUAUUAAUAGUUUUGCUUGUUCAUGAGUUUAGUUGGUUUAGAUUUUAGAUGUUUACCUGAAUGGCCAACGUGCUUUGUGUUUGUGAGAAGAUAUCUCAAAAGUAGGGGUCCAGUGAAGGUAGUAUUCAACAAUAAACUGCCGUGAUUUGUGUCUGAACUACCUGAGAAAGAUAACUCAAAUGUGAUGGUCCAGUGUAGGUAGUAUUCAACAAUAAAUGUGGUUUGUGUUUGAACUACCUGAGAAAGAUAUCUCAAAUGUGAUGGUCCAGUGUAGGUAGUAUUCAACAAUAAAUGUGGUUUGUGUCUGAACUAGCUGAGAAAGAUAUCUCAAACGUGGUGGUCUAGUGUAUGGGUGGUAGUCAACAAUAAGCUGUCAUGGUUUGUGUCUGAACUAGCUGAAGUUAGCAGCCUUUCAAUCUGUAUCUUUCUGGUGUUAGUGUUACUACCUGCGCUAGCGCAGACCGUUCGAGUUUAUACCACUGCUGCUGGUUUUUGGUAAACCGUGUUUCGCUCAAAACGUUGCAGUAUUUUUAGCCUUCUUCAGAUAGUUCUAAAACCACAAACACUUUUAUUUUCCAGACAUUUGUUGAUGUCGGGUGGCGCUCUAUUUACUGAAGAUAUCUGGAAGAUUAUCUGCGAAGGACUUCGUGGUGCAAUGCGAUCCACACUUGCUCCUGUAAAACACCUCAUACCCUGCUAUCAAGUGGGCUCAAGCAGUGUCAGCGGUGACGAUGGAUGCCGCGUGAGAGUGCUGACGCGUCGUGAUGCAUCUUGGGAGCAGACAAUCAGGCACGGUCAGUUAGCUGAGCAAGUAAGUGAGAUUACAGUUCUGGAGAAAUCCACUUUGAUUUCCGUUUGUUAACGACUAACGAGUACAAAAUCAGGGUUUUAGCUCCACAAAUAGUUUUGUAAUUUGGCUAAUUUAUUGAGAAAACUAAAUUUAAUUUUUUGUAGCCAAAACGCAUGGGGUUGAUCUUAAUAUAGGAUCCGUGUUGACUAUACCUUCAACCUUAUUUUCCCUUCAUCUAUAUAUGUGUUCUUUCUGAUGUAAAUGUAAAAAUUAUAUUUUGAAUUCAAGGUGUUUCUGUUGGAGUCGCAACUGGAGGAAGAAUUUGACCGAAGCGAAGACGAGUUCCCGGGGAACGAAGACGAAGAUCACCGAACGUUUUUCUUCGUUAUCUCUUCGAGUGAUAAUCAAGAAAGUACAGAGAACACCACAAGGUACUAUUUGACGAUUUAGAGAAGAAAUUAACAACUUCUCCUGCAAUUCAACAAUUUAUCAACACGUUGUGAGUGACAACCUUGUAGCAACUUAAUGACAUCAUUGUUACACCUUGUUGACAAGAUUGUUACAAGCCUGUUGCGAACACAUCUUGUUGAAAGUUGUAGAUUUUCACGUGUGCAAGGAACUUAUUAUAGUGUCAUAAUUUGAGAUGAGAAAUAUCUUCAAAAAUUUAUUUUAAAAACUGUAUAUAUUUCCAGGAUACCACUGCGUGAUCUUGUAGUUGGUCUUCUUGCGCAUCAACUUCUUCUGCAGUCUCUGGGUCUAGUACUCUUGGAUAACCAGGAUAAUUCCUUUGCAAACCUUUCCAAGAAUCCUCCAGCGAACUCAGAAGACGACAGCUCUAUGCCUGGUUUAUUGAACUACCUCAGUCCAGCAAACCUGUCCAUCAUUUUUGAUUGCCUAAUGGAGUCACACACUGUUGCAUACGAAUUUAACAACAGGUUUGGUUUGCGAUCUUUGAUUCAAAUGAUCGUCCGUCUUUGUGCGCCAGCGAACCUCCUGCGACAGUCUACGAUGGCUUUCAAGUUCUAUCUUCAGACCCUGCUAGAAAUAUGCCGGUACAAUGGGGAACAUAUGUCCGGGUCUUCAGUCAAACGGAUACUCCUAGGCGACCGGAAUUUAAGCCCCGACGAAGAGAAUUCCAACCCUGAAGGAGUUGAUGAUCACGUGAAUGUAGACAAAGACGCUGAGUGGAUAGUUCGCCGGCUCAGCGAGGCAUGCUCUCAACUAAGCAGUGUUUACAACAGACUUUAUAGUAGCUACGAGAACGAGGCUCUGGAAAGAAAUUUAACUUCGACGCCAGAUUCAUCGCCGUCCAAACUUCGCUCCCACUUCGGUGACGAUUCUUUGACGAGUAUCCGCCGAAAGGUAGACAGUCCAGAUAUUUUAAGAAGUGACGCAUUCUGUUCGCGUGAUCGAAAACACGUGCAUAUUAAGAAGAACGACGAAAUGUUGCAAUUACGAACUUGGACUGCGAUGACGGUUGAUAUGUUAGAAGCUAUACUCCACCUACCCACAUUGCAGUUCAAGCCUAUUCUGCCCGCAAUUUAUCCAGCUGUUACCUCUAUGAUCCCUGUGUCAGGAGAUACGAAAGUUUGCAGGCUUAUCUAUGAAAUUGUCACACGUGGUGGAUCUAUUUAUGGAAUAAUAUAAUUUGUGUCUAAAACGUGUGACUAUCAUGCGACUACAAACUGACGCAUUCGGCAUUUACUGGCAAAUACAUGUCGUGGAAACAUUUAGCAUCAUUUGCUCUGACCCCAUUGAAAAGCUCUCCAUCCAAGCAUUUAUAGUAUGAACUAUGUCAACAAAACUGCAGAUGGAGAGGGAUUCGGUUACCUGAAAUCUCAAAAAAAAAUCUAAAAAAAAAUCUCACAACUUGUCAACAAGAUGUGUUCGCAACAGGUUUGUGUUCGCAACAGGUAGCAAGCUUGUCAACAAGUUGUAACAAUGCUAUUAUUUUAUCAAGUUGCUACAAGUUUGUCACUCACAACUUGUUGACAAGUUGUUGAAUAGCAAGACGGUAACAAAUUGUUGGAACAACUUGUAACAAGUCUGUUGAGCUCAACAACCUUAACUGUAGCAAGUUGUCAACAAGCCGUUGCCUAUUAUUUCUAUGUUGCCAACUUGCCAACAAGCUGGGAACAAGCAGUGCGAACACAUCCUGUUGACAAAUGGUUGUUGGAACAGCAUUGCUACAAGUCUGCUGCAGGUUUGUUACAACUUGUGCGUUAUUACGUGUAUACUUGAGUCUACUUCCGGACGAAGGGCCUUCGCUCGAAACGUCGAAGUUCUCCUUGUAUUUUUCAGGUAGUUGAAUCCCUUUCAAACCGCAGUUUUCUGGUGUAUUUGUCACUAUCUACACUGGCAGACUGUUGGACUAUAUCAAUGACUUCACUCUGGAUAUACAGGGGGAGAACAACUCUCGCGAAUUACUCUCGCGCGCCAAAGCGUGAGCCAAAAAUGGCAAAAUAGUUAAGGGGUUAACCUUCACACCAAAUUCAUGACAUAUAAAUAAACAAUUCCUACAAUACAUUCAAUUUGUUACCAAUUUAUAAACACGUCUUUCAUAUUCAC